AUGCCCUCACAAGUGUCCUUGCAGCCGGCGCAACCCCCAUCGCUCAACGCUGACUCCACCUGUGUCAACACUUGCAAUGUGAGCGUCGGCCUCAAUUCAGGCCCCAUGGCAUGCGGCCAGGUACAGGAAAGCGUCGGUUUGUCAUUAGGGACAUCGUCUGGAGAGAGGGCAGCGCUGAACCAACAGCAGAUGACGUUCACGAACCAGGGGCAAACGAGCUUUUUCUCGGGCGGUGCUGGCGGUACAAGCUCAACGAGAGUGGCGCCUAAUUUAAUGGCAACUUCGCUCGGAUCGACACCGUCACCGCCUCAUAUAUUUGGGCAGAAUCAAAAUCUACCUCUCUCUGGUGGCGCGACGAGUGGCUGUGGCGGACUCUCUGUGGUCGGUGGAUCACUUACCGGCUCCCUUCUCUCUCCGGUAGCUUAUGAUGGCGGUCGUAGUCCGACGAACCCCUUACUAUCAUCGCUUCUGAAUCAGCUGCCGUCGAAUGUAAGCACCGCCAGAUUGCUCGCUCAAGCAUUCUCGCAUUCUCUUGAACAUCACGCAACAACAACUACUUCGGUUGAUAAUAACAAUAGUACUACUAGCUAUGGUGCGGACACUUCCUCUUCCAUGCAACUGCAAGGAACAUCUUCAAAUAACUUCCCGCAAAAAUUACCCCAGCAGAUACAACAACUACAAGACGGCAACAGUUUUCUUGGGUGUAAUAGUACAUUUUCUACGCAACAACAGAAUCUGACACCUCAUGUUCAGCUAUUAGCUUCGACACCCAUACCCACUGUAGAUCCCCGAUUGCCUCCAAGUCUACCUCCGCAGUUACCAAGCACCAUGAUUCCGCUUCCCGCUGGACCUGCGGCUUCGACAGAUACGGCGACGGCUGCGAAUACUCUUAAUGCGAAAGCGGAAGAAACGACGUCGUCGGCCGUUGUCCAACAACUGGCACAGCAGCCCUGUGCGACAAGCAACCAAGCAGGAAAUUGUGCUGGCUUUCGAGAUUUCCGCGCAAUGUCGGUCUCGGGUAGUAACGCAGGAAAUUCUAUAACCGGAGUAUGUGAUGCAGCAGGUGGUAACGGAGGCUGCUUCAAUAUUUCUCCAAUGUUGCAGAAUACCCU